AUGACUGCAUUGAAUACGACCGUGGAAGACGAGACCAGAAGUGUUGCCAACGGCGGCGCCUCAUCUUUAGUGCACGUUGAACCCACUGCGGAGAAUGCCGACCUCUACACAAUGGACCUCCCAGAAUACACCCAACUAGCAACGAGCGGAGAAGUCUCAGUAGACGCGCAAGCGACACGGGAUGAGAAAACACAAGUCGAAGACUGGUCACCAGCAUAUGAUGUGCGUCCAGACCAACAGCUACAGCUACAGGUGCCGGAUCGCCAUAGCGAGGAACGGAGUCUUCGCGGAGAAUACGAGUAUCAUAUACAACAGGAUGUUAGCGACCAAGGAAACCCAUCGGAAACGCGAUCAACAAACGCCCCAGUUCUAACUCACUAUCUCACUGAACCCGUCGCAACUGCCAGCCUUGCUAGCGUACGAGCGUGCAGCAUCCUCAACGACAGACCCGCAGUAUGGCUAGUGAAGCGGAAAAGCAUGACCCUUUCACCACUUGCAGCGGUGGUGCUUACUAAGGAAGGACUUGUCCAAGCAAAAGACUUGCAGCUUAUCUCUCAAUACGCAGACAUGAAGCGUGACCCCACAGACCCCGUAUCCGCUGUGUUUCUGACCACCUACGAUGUUGUAAGCGGUAUGAUGCUCGGUCUUGUAGCAGGUCCUAUCGAAAUGGGUAAACAAACCACUCCGAUGUUGAUGCAACACGAGAACAGACGGAAAGAGAAGCGAGACGGGGAUGCGGAGUCAUCAAAUCCCAAAAACACUAAAGAUUCAGCUUAUGUGGCACGCCAAGUAGCUCUCGGCACCGCCAAAGGCUUUGGACGCAUCGUUACCACGAGUCUGAAAAGCCCUGCAGUGAUUAUGCAUGGCAUCACACGAGGCUUCCAUAAUCUUCCCAAAGCGUAUGGCGAAGAGGUACGACAAUAUGAGAACGUGACUGGGUUGAGAAGUGGGCUCGUGGUCAGCAUGAAAAGCUUCGGUUACGGACUUGGUGAUGGCAUAAGAGACCUCAUGAUAAAGCCCAUCGAUGGCGCCGAAAAGAACGGUGUCCUGGGUUUCGCCGCUGGUUGUGCAACUGGAAUUGCGAAUGCAGCCUUUAAACCCGCUGCUGGCGCAUGCGGACUUAUCGGGUACUCAUCGGUUGGCGUUUACAAAUCGAUCCGCAACAUUGGUUCAGUGAAGAAGGACGACCCACUGGACCUGGUACGGAGUUUAGGCGAGACUGAGUAUCAGCAGGCGAGCGAUGCAGAUAAGCUGUAUAUCGUGCGUCUGUGGUGUCAGACGCAGAUGCGAAUGCGCAUAGGUUAG